CAGGCUGGGGGUCCGGGAGGAUGGCGCGGGCCGGGGACCCCUCUUCCCCUCCAAGUCACGCGCGCAUUCGGGGACCCCCUCCCCAGGAGGAGAGGCUCCGGCCCGGUGCACCCGCCCGAGCUCGGGACCGCUCCCCACGUCUGGAUGAGUUCCACCCCUUCAUCGAGGCGCUUCUGCCGCACGUGCGCGCCUUCGCCUACACCUGGUUCAACCUGCAGGCGCGCAAGCGCAAGUACUUCAAGAAGCACGAGAAGCGCAUGUCCAAGGACGAGGAGCGCGCCGUGAAGGACGAGCUGCUGGGCGAGAAGGCCGAGGUGAAGCAGAAGUGGGCAUCGCGGCUGCUGGCCAAGCUGCGCAAGGACAUCCGGCCGGAGUGCCGCGAGGACUUCGUUCUGGCCAUCACGGGCAAGAAGGCGCCGGGCUGUGUGCUGUCCAACCCCGACCAGAAGGGCAAGAUGCGGCGCAUCGACUGCCUGCGCCAGGCCGACAAGGUGUGGCGGCUGGACCUGGUCAUGGUCAUCCUGUUCAAGGGCAUCCCGCUCGAGAGCACGGACGGCGAGCGGCUGGUGAAGGCGGCACAGUGCGGGCACCCGGUGCUCUGCGUGCAGCCGCACCACAUCGGGGUGGCGGUCAAGGAGCUGGACCUGUACCUGGCCUACUUCGUGCGAGAGCGAGACGCGGAGCAGAGCGGCAGUCCCCGGGCGGGCAUGGGCUCGGAGCAGGAGGACAGCAAACCUAUCACGCUGGACACGACCGAUUUCCAGGAGAGCUUCGUCACCUCGGGGGUGUUCAGUGUCACCGAACUCAUCCAGGUGUCUCGGACACCCGUGGUGACUGGAACGGGUCCCAACUUCUCUCUGGGAGAGCUGCAGGGGCACUUGGCCUACGACCUGAACCCAGCCAGCACCGGCAUGAGGAGGACGCUCCCCAGCACCUCUUCCAGCGGGAGUAAGAGGCACAAAUCCGGCUCUAUGGAGGAGGACGUGGACACGAGCCCCGGCGGCGACUACUACACUUCGCCUAGUUCUCCCACGAGUAGCAGCCGCAACUGGACGGAGGACAUGGAAGGAGGCAUGUCCUCACCGGUGAAGAAGACAGAGAUGGACAAGUCCCCAUUCAACAGCCCGUCCCCCCAGGACUCGCCCCGUCUGUCCAGCUUCACCCAGCACCACCGGCCGGUCAUCGCCGUGCACAGCGGCAUCGCCCGGAGCCCCCACCCGUCCUCCGCCCUGCACUUCCCCGCCACCUCCAUCCUGCCCCAGACGGCGUCCACCUACUUCCCGCACACGGCCAUCCGCUACCCGCCCCACCUCAACCCCCAGGACCCGCUCAAAGACCUCGUCUCGCUUGCCUGCGACCCAGCCAGCCAGCAGCCUGGACCGUUAAACGGAAGUGGCCAGCUCAAAAUGUCCAGUUACUGCGUCCCUACCUCGAUGCUGGCCCCUCCACCCCUGGCACUGUCCCCGGCUACCAAACCCACUGCCACCUCCCAGCGACGGGCCACACCGUACAUCUCGCCCACCUGCGCUCCGCCCGGCACGGCCCCUGCAGACCGUCCCUUUGUGGGAUUAGGACCAAGGGAUCCUGCGGGCAGUUAUCAGGCACAGUCCUGGUAUCUGGGGUAGCCCAGGUCGCCGCGGGUCCGCAGGCCGCUCCGCUGCCAUCCCGGGCCACGUUUUCCAUGGAAAAAUCAGAGCGAGCAAAAAUCAACAAAAACAAACAGAAAAACCAACCACCCCGCCGCCGGCUCCAGCCCGGCCGGAAAGAAAACCACACGACUAUGCACGCAGGAGGAGAGGACAGAGGGAGAGGGACAGCAGAGCAACCAGACCCACCCAGCCGCCAGGGGAGAGGCGACGGCCGGCCGGGCUGCGUCCCAGGCGCCCAGGACGCCAGGGCCGCAGGACGGGGGCCGGCCCUGCCACCCCUCGGGACGCCGCGCGCCAGGGCACAGACAGGGCCUGACACCCGGCGCCACCCCCUGGCCGCCCGCCACCGCCACCGCCACCGCCACUGCCCGGAGACCAGGUGAGGCCGGAAGGACGGAUGGACGGGGCGGCCCCACGGACAGUGUUUGCCAAGGGGGAGGCAGGCGCUGGCCGCGGGGUCCGGGCCGCGAGGACCCAGGCCUCGGGCCGCAGACACCCAGGGCGGGGCGGGCUGGACCCAGUGCCGCCCCACGGAGAAGAACCCGCCACGCAGGGACUUUCGGACAGCGCGGGUUGGGGGUCCUGCGCCUCCCCGGCCCCUCCCGAAGGACUCGCUCUUGCCCUCUCCAGCGCUGGGGACCCCGUUUUCGGGGCCUUGUGGCGCCCACCCCUCGGGGAGGAGACGUCUAUGCAAUUUGACCCCUCCCAGCCCCUCCCUGGCAUCGCUCGGGCACCGAGGCCACCGCGUCCCCAGCCCCGGCCCGUCGCACACUCUCCGCAAUGCACUUUCCGGGGACGGGGCGCCUCGGGGCGGGGUGCCGUCCGGACUGGCAGGUGACAGCAAGUGGUUUAAGUGCCUGAUCCCCCCGCCCACUCCCCAUCACCCGACCUGCGAGCCCCUCCACGCGAGAGAGAAGGGACCCCCAAGGGGCAGCGGUGGGCGGCUCCGGGGACCCCCUCCCUCGCCUCCCCGCCAGUGCCUUACAUCGUGGAGGCCCCUCCCCGUGCCUCCCGCCGCCCGGGGGCGCCCUUUGCACUUUUAUCCCCCUAAGUGGGGCGCGGUGGAGGGGGGUGCGUCGUCCCAGCUGGCCCCCCGCAAAGAGAGAGGGGGCCCGUCCAGAACGGGGCCCACUUGGACCCGAGAUGGGGUUCCGGGGGGUCGGCCGACGGGGGAGCCGCCCAUCUGCUAAAGGUUUUCCGUUGAGCCGCUCCAAAAACACUAAGCUGGGGCCGUGGGGUACCCCCGACCCCCACUCCACCUCAGCCCAUCCCCGCCCAUCACCCCAGGGACAGACAUCUUAGGGAGCAGGUGCUGGGAAGAGGGUGCUUGGCGUCUUGGCCCUGCGCCCAGACCCAGCACCCCAGCCUGGCCCACACACCCCGGCCCCCCACUGACCUCCAUCACGCCUGGCGUAGGGAAUACACCCCCACGACCCUCAUCCUAGGCCAAAGCCAUUGUCCAGGGCAGGGGUCCCCGUCUCGUCCGCCCCAGCCCCGCCCUCCCGUCCGUCCCGUGCCCCGGACUCUUUCCCACAAACCCAGCCCCAGGGCCUUGGCACACCCACUCGGCCAGAAAACAGAAGGACCAGGCCCCUGGAACCCGCAGGUCCCUGCCUGCCCUUGUGACCCAGUGGAGUCUGCAGCCCUCGGUCUGUCGUCUGUCUGUCUGUCCUGUCCCCCCAGCAGCCGGCCCUGGGGGAGCAGAGGGCGGUCCCCUGGCAUGUCCAGGGGGACCGGGGUGCUGGAGGUCGUGCUGAUGUCCGGGCAUCCGGCAGCUUCUCAGCCGGGGUGGUGGGGGACACCCUCCCCCGGGGUGCACCUGGCAGCCCCCCGGCCGGGCCCCACCAAGGGGUCGGGGCGACCAGAACCAACUCUGUACCUAACUUUGCAUGGUGCUUCGGCCGGGCCCUGGCUCCGCCCAGCCCGCGCGCUGCGGCCUGCAUGGCAGAUCACCCCGGCUGUCCCCUCCGCGCCCCCCUUCAAGACAAACAGAACAAAACAUACAAAAAAAAAAAGCCCCCAGAGACUUCCCGUCCCGAUUUGCACGAACCUUCCCGCCACAUGACGUGCCUUGCCGCCUUGCAGAAUGCGUGUCCGCACCCUGCGCGGCCGCCACCGCAUGAGGCGCCGCACAGCUAGCAGAGGGAGAAGGGGGACCGCGGGGCCGGGCCGGGCGCGUGCGCGAGAAUCAAUAAACAGGAACGCAGAACUUUUUAAAAGGGUGGACAUCGCUAUGGAGGCCACAGAAGCAGCCCCGAGCCCGCUGUGCGCCCCUGGUGCUCACCUCCGCCACCCCCAGCCCAGUUCUGGGGUCCCCGAGUCAGCGAGGCCCUGUGAUGUCACUGGCCCGGGAGCCACGCAUGGACCCAGGACGUGCCCCCGCCCAGGCUGGUGGGGUCCGACGCGCACCCCGCCCUCGGCACCCCCUCCUCACCAAAGGCCCCGACUUGUCCCCGGCCGUCCCCAGAGACCAGCCUGGGGGGACCCCUCCGCCCCCACUCCUGUUCGCCGUCUUCCAGCUAUGAAAACGAGACACCCUCCAUAUAUGCAAUAUCUGUCUGUCUGUCUGUCUGUCUGUCCAUGCCAGGGGCCGCGCGGGCUCAGGCCGGGCGGGUGCCCGGGACCCCGAGCACUGUCUGGGCGGCCGGCCGGCCGUCGUCUUCGAUUUUGGUUUUUCUGGUUCUUUUCUUCCCUCCCUUGUUUUCUGGUUCCGGCUUCCUUCGCUCUGACCUUGACCAAAGCUAGGACAAUAGCCAGAGUGAGGGGUGCAGGCCUCACGGGCGCUGUCAUCCGCCCCCAAGUCACCCCGCCUGUCCGGGGAUGCCCGGCCCGGCCAGCCGUGCUUGGCUGGGAAGAGGGUGCCGGGGUCCCCCGCCAGGCCGGGCUCUGGUUCUUGACUCUGGGCGGGUGGCCCGCGCCAGUCGGGAGGGGACGACAGCGUGCGCUCGGCCUGUAGCCCAGCGGCGGGAGGCUGAGGCAGGCCGGGCUGCACAGGGAGACCCGGCCGCAGACACAGGAAAGAGGCCGGGCUGGGGGUCCCCUCCCCACCGUGUGUCCCCAGAGAGAGCAGCGCCCACCACAAGGCAGGGUCCUGGGCUCCUGACGGUGACACGGGUGACCCUCGGUCUCCGCCUGGGCGCCCCUGAGCCCCGACGUCUCCCGCUUGGCUUCUGAGGAGCAGUUGGGGUCAGGUCACCCCACACUGGCCUCCUCCGGAUGCUUCCCGGCACGCACCCCCUGCGUACCUCACUGAGGAUUUCAGGGCGCCGGGGCACCCCGGUUCCGGGCGAGGUGGGGAGGCAGGCAGAACCACGCCGCGGAACUUGUUGCCCGCGAUACCAAAUGAGACUCCCCAAGCAGUGCCUCACAGGUCUGCUGGCGUGGUUUUGGGGUUCUCCCCGGACCCCGGCCAGAGAGGAGGAGCAGGGGCCAGGACAGAGAGGACGGGGUCAGGGCUCGAGAGGGAGGGGGCCAGGCACCCGCCCCCCAAGCGCACCUGAACCCCAUCUUCCCAUCCCGAGUCCCAGCCACGCUGCUGCAGCCCCCCAAAACCAAAGCCCAUUUCACAUCCGGGGUCCCAGCCCAUGCACCCCACUUUCCUGCGCGCCCCAGCAGGUGGCCACGGCAGGGACCUGAGGGCGGCCGGGCAGCGGGCGGGGACCCCUGCUCCCGCAGGCCUCCUCUGUCCCGGCCCGCCGAGUCCGGGUGUGGAUUCUCAUGUUUUGGUUUUCUUGCUCCCGUUUGUAUGUGCUCACGCUCCGCAUCGCGUUCUGUUUUCUCGCUUUCUGCCUGCUUCUCACCCCGGAAACACACACACACACAGGCACGCGCGCGCACACCAGUGCUCAGAACCGAGGGCCCAGAGGGCGUCCCGGGGUCCGUGGCCUCCCCUGCGCCGCCGCGCCCCUGGACAGGGUCGGGGAGCCCCAGCCCCGCCGCCCCACCCCGGCAGCCGCGUAUACGCCGCCUCUUGCGCGCAUUUCAGUUGCCGCUGCGCCAGCCGCCACCGCCGCGCCUACCUGAGCACCAUUUUCCGAAAGUGACUCUGGCUGUUAUUUUGUUUCCCUAUGCAAAAACAAAACAAAACAAAAUUGAAAAAAAGGGGGUUCCAUAAAAGAUUCAAUAAAAGGCAAAAAAAAAAAAAAGGAAAAAUGUAUAAAAAUUAAACAAGCUAUGCUUUGACUCUUUCUA